UGCUAAUGCAUGAUCAUGAUUCAUGGGGGCGGGUCCAUGGCUCCUACCUCUUUGCUAACGUAGGACGGCAGGCACCUUGCAGCCUGCAGCUGGCUCGCAAAGCGCACAGAUUGCUAGGGUCGUCAACAAGGGAGAUAUAGGAAGCGCGUGCUGGUAUCGUUUGUAGGAUCAGAUCGAGGUGAUAUCUGCUUGGGGAUGAACUUUGCGCUGAGAGCUGGCUCGAAAGCUCACUUUUCCUUCAACUUCCGGACGUUAGUCAAUCUUAGGGUACUGUCAGCAGAAUAUGCUGGUGCUUAGCUUAGUCAGGAGUUGGACCUAGCUUGGUGGCCUGUUGCACACUUCUGCGCUUCUGAAUUCUGUAGUCCUUCAAAUACAAGAACGUCAUAACAGACCACCCAGUGUGACGAUUACAGAGAAAGUCCUCUGAAAUGAGGCGGCAGGUUCCAGUUCGUUCCUCCGGUUCUUAUGACCUUCAACACAGACAGGGUUUGUAGGCAGGGAGCGAUGCAAAGAACAGCUUCGUACUUUCAGCACAUAUUUCAGCUAGUCAGAUCUCCCUGCUGCUUAUAUUGACUGCGCUGCGUCCGUUGGGCAGCAGACAAUAGCGUAAGAGUCUACUGGGGAAUUUUGUUGAAAAAAUGGGACACGCUUGUGCGGUUUGCCUGGAAGGGAACAAUCCCGACUUGACCUGGGUAGCAAUUCAUGAAUGCGGCCAUGUUUUCCAUGACACAUGUCUGUACCAGUGGUACAACGUGGCCGCCAAGAGAGUGUGCCCAAACUGCAAGGUGCCAUUCCACCACAGCAAAUGCCUGCGGGUAUUCCUGGAAAGCCAAGAUGAAGGGGGAUCACCUCCAAGAGCCGACAGCCCAAACCGACCCCCGCAGGCCAGCAUCCUGGAGCUCCGGAGGCUGGAGGCACUGUGCGAAACAAUCCAGACCUCGCUACAAGAGCGGCAAGCGGAGGUGGAGAAGCUCCAGGCAAAGACCAAAGAGGACAAGAAGCGCAUCGACACGCUGUGUCAUCAGGCGCGCGUGACGGAAUGUGCUCACUCGACGGCUGUCGCGGAGCGGGACAGGGCAAAGAUGCAGAAGCUAGAACUAGAGCAGAUUGUCAAAUCGCUCCAGGAGAGGAACGAGGCCCUAGAAGCGAAGGACAUGGAGCACUCUCUGUUGCAUGACAUCAGCCUCGAUCGGAGCGCCCUCGCCAAGCUGACCUGGGGGAAGAAUCCGGACAUGGUGAUUGCGACGCAGCACAAGGUUUUGGAACAGCGCAACGAUGAACGGAAGAGCUUCAUGGAGAAGGUGUCUGCCGCCUGUGCGGCACAACGGAAAGCGGAGCAAAAGGUCAGCAUAGCGGAAGAGGAGAAUGCGAAGCUCAGGGGCAGAAUCAAGCACUUUAGGGAAGUCAUCGAUGAGAAGGAGCGGGACGUUUUGAAGCAGGACUUCCGAGUGGGGCAACUCGAGGAGGAGCUCAAGCGCGCCCAGUCCGGCCGCAAGCGUUCCGCCGACGGAAUGGACCGGAAUGGGAUGGACGGGCCGGGGGCCUCGUCGCGGAAGAGAACGGCCGGGUUUCAGGGAACGAAAUGGCGAGAUGCGGGCGCUUCUUUGGAGGGUAUCCCAGAAGUCGAAGCGAAUAUCAUCAGCAAGGGUUUUGGAGACGGGGCCGGUUCGGGGCGUGCAGAGGAUGCAGAGGGUUUUGGAGAUGGCGACAUUCACUUCGAGGCUGAGGAUAGUGCUGACGAAGGGGAGGACGGAUUCCGCCCCGACGCUGGGCCGGACGGAAUGCCUUCCGACACGGGAGGGAGAGCGAGGGGAUCGGGAGCUUCUGAUGUCCCCAGCCCGACAAGAGACUCCGAAAAUGAGGCGGAAGUGUUUCCAACUUCUUUCCGAUUUGCAGCGGAAGAUGACGGAGAGAAUGAGCAGGAAGAAGCAGUGAAACGCGGACCGGAACAGCGGAUCGGAGCGACUUUGGGAGAAGUUGACCCGAACGCCUCGGAACUAGACGGAAUGCGGAUCCGUCGGGGAGCGGGUUCGCUGCCCGGUGCUUCUCAGGAGGAAGGGAUUCGAGACGUGUUGAGGAACCGGGGGAUGGAAGGAACCGGUUCGUUGUUCCGGUCGGAAGUGGGCCGGAAAAGAGCGGAAUCUAGUCUCGUGGCUACGAUAAGAAAGAACAUUCAAGAGACGAAGAAGCCCAAGUUUGGGUAUAAACCGUCUCGCGACACGGGGCCUGCGACCGGUGCCCCGGUCGUGAGGGCUUCCGUCAUAGGAGAGCGCCCGAAUCAACCGCAGGUUAGUCCCCGGGUUAGAGCCCCAACCACGAGUUUGUUUUCGAAAGAUGAGAGCGCGGACACCGGGGGAGUUAGCUCCGGGGGGUGUGGGUGGAAAGGAAGGGGAGCGCCCGAGUCUCAAUUUACCGGCGAGCGGGGGACUAGCGGUCGGAGCUCGAGACCGCUUGGAGGGGUGCGGGGCUUUAGCGAGCAAGGAAUUGAGAGGCAGAAACGUGACGCGAUUAACAAGCUUGUUGCGAAAGAAAGUGGCGGAAGUCAGUGUAUGCAGGCAGUUGAGAAGGGUCUCGACAAAGCUAAGCCACCGACUUCUGGUCGGGGCAUAUUGGGGGGUAAUGUUAUGCCAAGUGCGCACAGGGGCGGAUCCAGCCUGUUCACCCGGCUACCUGCAAAGCGGUCAACCUCAAAAGUGACGGACUUCUUCGCAAGAAAGUAGUCGUAGCUGUGAAACAGUGUGUUAAGGGUGGUAUCCAAAGAAGGGCGUCGGCUUCUCUUUUUCAAGCAUCAAAUCCAGA